GGCCUGAGGGAGCUGGAGACCCCAAGAGUGCCCGGGGUUCAGGGGAAGGAAGGCUCCCCUGUCUCCUGUCGGCUGGUGGAACCUUGGCCACUUCCUGCGCAGCUUGGGGUCCAGGCACGUCUUUCGGCCCCUCUGCUGCCGCUGCCAUAGUGGGUAGGGGGUAGUGCCAGGAUGAGGACUGCAGGAAAGCACCCUUCCAGGCCUGGGGGUGGGGAGGGCAGCUCUGAAAGGGUCAGUGAAAGGGUCCUCUGGGGUUUGACCCCAUUUUUUCCACAUCUCUAAGGCUGUGGUGGACAGUGGACAGCCUCUGAAGUGUCCCUGGGGCCUGGAGGGGGUAGUGCAGGAUGGGAAGGGGGAAGGGGGCUCUCAGGAAGCCCCAGGUGACUUCCUGUCCGGUCACACCCACCAUCAGCCAGCCAUGUGUGCUGAGGGGCUGGCCCCCCGGAGGUGGAGACUGAAUUGGACAAAGCCCAGGCUCCUGGCCUGGAGCUGGCUGAGGGUGGAGGUCAGAAGAGAAGUGGGAGAAGGAGGAGACUCGGGCUGGCUGCUGAGAGGCUGGCUCACUGUCCACCCAGAUGAGAAGAACUGUUCUGACUGUAUAUGUGUCAAGUCCGAAUUCCACUGCGGGGACCCUGGAUGCCAGACCUGUACACACCACCCCUGCCCUCCAGGCCAGGAAGCAGUGCCUGAAGGGAAGUUCAAGUUCGGCUUCAGGUGUGUGGACUGCGCUGUGGGGACCUUCUCCAGUGGCCACGAGGGCCGCUGCAGACCUUGGACAGACUGCGACCAGUUUGGUUUUCUCACCAUGUUCCAUGGGAACAAAACUCACAAUGCUGUAUGCUUCCUGGGGUCUCUGCCCGCUGAGCCACAUGGCCAGCUGACCAUCCUCCUCGUGGCCAUGGCCACCUGCAUCCUCGUCCUGACCACAGCCCAGCUCAGCCUACACAUUUGGCAGCUGAGGAGGAAGCACACGUGGCCUCAAGAGACCCAGCCACUUCUAGAGGUGCUCCGCCCACCAGCAGAGGAUGCCUGCAGCUGCCAGUUCCCUGAGGAGGAGCGGGGGGAGCGGCUGGAGAAGGACGAGCGGGGGGAUCCGUGGGUGUGAGGCUGACCAUCCUCAGGAGAAGCUGCACCCCAAGCCAGACCCUCCCCAGGAGCUUGCCCAGGCUGACCCUUGGGAGCCAGGGCUCUGCUUUCCAUGUGUUCUGGGCCCGGCCCUGCUCCCCUCAACGGUGGAAGUGGGUACAGGAUGGUGACAGUGACAAGUUCCCUAGACUCUGCAGGAGGGUGGUGGCCAUGGCUGGCCCUGUGGGAGAGAUGGGCAGCCAUGACUGCCUUCCUCCCGGGCCAGCCCUGCUGGGGUGGGGUCUGUGGUCCCCCCACGGGUGUGCAGUGUCCAGCAGGGGAACCUGGCUGCAGGUGGUUUUCAAUAAACACUUGUUCAGUGACCUGA